UACGUUUAUUUAUUAUUUAGAUUUAGAUGCUUAAAUUAACAGAUUAAUUCUAUAUAAAUUUCUUGCAUUCCAAGGAGUUAUCAAGUAUAAAUAGGGGUCAAGUAAAGCGAUUAUUGCUGUAGUUUUUUUUAUAGUUUUCAUAUUAACUAAUUAAACAAAGUAUCCAUCUUUUUAUUGUUCAUACAGAAAGAAGAAGACCAUGCAUGAUCCAAUGCCAACAUAUGAUGAAAGGCUGCAAAGCACUUUGGAAAGAAUAGGUGUACACACACCACCCGGAUUGGAGGAAAUUGAGCACGUUUGUAUUUUUAAAGAUGACACAGUGAUCAGCUUCUUAAACCCAAAAGUUGAAGUUUCUAUUCAAGCCAAUACUUGGGUAGUUAGUGGUUCUCCUCAAGUACAGAAUUUGCAUGAUAUAUUGCCGGGCAUUUUGAACCAGUUGGGGCCUGAAAAUUUGGCUAACUUGGCAAAACUAGCCGAGCAGCUCCAGAAGCAGAAAAUUGGCACAGAUCCGGCUACAGCACACGAUGAUGACGAUGAAGUGCCUGAACAUGUGGCGGGUGAAACUUGUGAAACUGCUGCUGUCGAAGAUCAGAAACCAUAAGAAAUUUGUUCAGCUUGGUAGGGGUAUUUAUGUCUUUUUCAAAACGAUCAGUUAUUUGCAUAUGAACUCUUGUUAAGUGGUUUUGGAACUUAUAGCAGUUAUUCUGUUAGUCAACGAAAGUCAAACAGCUUAUGUACUCUUGUUGAGUGGUUUUGAAACUUAUAGCGGUUAUUCUGUUA